UUGUACCAAAAUUUUAAACGGAAUGUAAUGGUGGGUCGGCCCGUUAUAUGAUGCAACAAACAAACGCAGAAGCCACCACCGCUUGCAGAGGUGAGAGCGAAUCGCCGUCGACGAACACCACCCAAACAUGUCUUCUCUUCGAAACGCCAUUCCUAGGCGUGCUCACAAAGAGCGUUCUCAACCGUCGUCGAGGAAAAAAUUCGGCCUGUUAGAAAAGCACAAAGACUAUGUCCAGCGCGCUAAAGCAUUCCACAAGAAAGAAGGCACUUUGCGGAAACUUAGGGAAAAAGCUGCAAAUAGAAAUGAAGAUGAGUUUUACUUCAAGAUGGUUAGAACAAAAACCGUUGAUGGAGUUCAUAAACCAGAGAGUGAAGCGAAUAAGUACACUCAGCAAGAGCUUAUGCUGAUGAAGACUCAGGAUAUGGGUUACAUUCUCCAGAAGAUUCAGAGUGAGAGAAAUAAAAUUGAAAGGCUUACUGCCUCGCUGCACUCUAUCGAUAAACAGCCAGUGAACAAGCAUGUUUUGUUUGCCGAGGAGAGGGAAGAGGCUAAAGAGUUAGAAUCACAAUAUCAAAAAAGUAAAAUUCCAUUUACUUCUGAAGAUAUUCCUGCUGGCAUUAAGAGGAAAACAGCUCAGUCUUACCAAGAGUUGGAAGCAAGGAGAAGUAGACUCAACCAACUAGAGAAAAUCUACAUGGAUAUGGCAAUGCAGAAGGAGUUGCAGAAAAAAGGCAGGAAGCGCAAACUAGGUGAAGACGAGAUUGUCUGUCCAACCUCUAAACCGGUAUACAAGUGGUGUGCUGAAAGAAAACGAUGAAAGAGUUAAUAAUUCUGAGGUUCUUUUUUUCUUUUUCACAAUUUUGCAUAAUGAUUUAAUACUCUACUGGGUUGGAUCCGGAGUUGAAGAAUUUGCAUGUCUUAGAUGAAGCACCAACAUUGCUAGCUGCAGCAUCGAAUGUCUUACAUUAAGUGGGAUCACUACUGUUGCCAACAACUGUCGCUUUCUUGUUUAGAGUUCCUUUAUCAUGUAACCAUUUUCUUUACUCUGUUGAGUAUUCUUCCUUGUACCUUCGAUGUUCUGCGACUGGAUUUUGUAAGUCUUAUAAAUAUAUUCAAUUUUUGUUAUUUUAUCGGGUAA